AUGCCAAGAUUCUUCAGUGUUUCUGCUUUUCGGGACGAAUCGGUUCAGGUUCCUCUGCAACUUCUCUCCGUCAGCGGCAGUUUGGAUGACACUCCAACAGUUAUUUUCAUCGACAGACAUGGUGACAUCAUAAUGCAGUCUACCGAUGCAGUUGUUGGCGUGAAAAAUAAACAGAAUAGGGUAAAGAACGGAGCAUUGCGGAACAGUCUUCUUGAUGGCAACCUCCGCCGACUGCUGGUCGCCGACAUGGACAGUGUUCUAAAAAAAGGACUUGGUCGCGACAGUCGCCCUAAUCAUGGGGACUCCGUCGUCAUCAGCUACGAAGGUCGGCUCGAGGAUGGUACGGUGGUAGAUAAAGAAAGUCACUUGAGCACUGUUCUUGGCGAGGGAGACUGUAUUCAUGCCGAAUUGAAGGAGGAGUUCGAACUGAAGACAGACUCUCGUUUUGCAUAUGGUGAUUUAGGCCGGUGA